AUGGCGCAAUCAACAGAUCCGACAGUGACCAUGAUGACAACCGGAACGGUCUCUGGUGGACCAGCCACCGAUCCCUGUACUUUGUGCCAAUUCAUUGUGAGCCAGGCACAAUCUCACUACCGUAGCGGGGAAAGCAAAAAGGAUGUGCAAAAGGAUUUGCAUGAUGACUGCAAAACGCUGAGACGUUUCUACGGGGAACAAGCGGUGAAAGAGUGCAGCGAUUGGGUGGACACAAACAUCGACGUGCUCUACUCGGAGAUACAAGCUGGAAACUCGGCUGUUCAAAUCUGCACUGAUACGGGCGCCUGUGGAGGCACUGUCACUCCCAGCAUUUCUCCCGUCUCAUUUGCCAUGAAAGGAGCAAAGUUUUUGUUU